AUGGACAGCUCCAUGACCACUUCUACAAAGUUUUUGCUUGCUUUUGUCAUCAUAGCAACAACUAUUAGCAUUAAAGGUCUGUGUGCUCUAAACUCAGAUGUCGUUUGCAUUGAAAGUGAGAGACAAGCCCUCCUGAUCAGGUUUAAGCGACAUCUUAAAGAUCCUUCCAAUAGGCUCUUGUCUUGGACCAUCCAACAAGACUGCUGCAAAUGGGCUGGAGUUGUUUGCAACAACUUAACCGGUCAUGUCCAGAAGCUCCACCUUCGUGCUCUUCCAUCUGACUACGAGGACCCUUUUUCUAGGGAACUCAAUUUAGGACUUAAAGUUGGGUGUUUAAGAUAUCUGAAUCUCUCUCUUGCAGGAUUUGAUGGGGUGAUUCCACAUCAGCUUAGAAAUUUCUCCAGAUUGCGCUAUCUUAUUCUUGGAUAUAACUAUUACUUGGAAAGUGCAACUGGACAUGAGUGGGGUAAACUUGAGCAGAACAUGUUACUGGCUGCAGCUAGAGUCCUUGAUAUUUCUGGAAGUAGUCUUAGUUCUCUGUUACGUGAUUGGUUUUUCAAUACAAAAGGCCUCGUCUCUCUUAAUCUACGUGACAAUAGUUUGCGAAGUCCAAUUCCAAAUGGUCUUCUUAACAUUUCUAGUACUCUUGUACAUCUCGAUCUGUCUUACAAUGAUUUGAAUUGUACCAUACCCACUUGGUUGUACAGCUUUAAGCGUCUUGAGUCCCUUCACCUUGGUUUCAAUUCUCUACAAGGAGUGAUCUCUAGUGAAUUACAAAAUCUUUGUAACUUGAAGGCGAUUGGUUUGGGAGAAAACAGAUUUUGUGGAAAGGUAUCACUAAGUAUUUAA